AGAUUCGCACACGUGGUCUACCUGAGGACGUGGUAGGACCUGUACGUGUUGUGACAAUUGAAAACGUAGAUGCAAACAUGUGUUGUGGCACACAUGUUAGAAACUUGUCUGAUCUUCAAGCUAUUAAGUUGCUCCACACAGAGAAAGGAAAAGCUAACAAAACAUUGUUGUAUUUUGUGGCAGGUCAGAGAGUUUUAAGAUAUCUUGGCGAAUGUGUAGAACGUGAAAGACAGCUGAACACCAUACUUCACUCCUGUCCCUCUGAUCACAUACGCCUUGUUGAAAAGAUCCAAAAUGACCUCAAAUCUAGUCUACGUUCCUUACGAGAAGCCAUGAAAGACUUAGCAAUCUCAGAAGGGCAGAAGUUUACUGUGCUGCAUCCUCGACCUGCAGUUUAUUUCCAUCAUCGUCGUGAUGGAGAUAUGGACUACUUGAGUGCCAUUAUUAAUGAAAUCAAUGAUGAUAAUGUGUUGAAAGUCUUAACUGUAGGCGAAGACAAAGGCCCAGGCUCACUUGUAGUACACGGACCACAGGAUCUCGUGUCACAGAUUGGACCGAAGGUAUGCGAAAUCUUGGAAGGGCGAGGAGGAGGCAAGAGUCGAUUCACAGGAAAGGUCACAAGGUUAGGGAAGCGUAACGAAGUGGAGAAGUAUGUUCGAAGUGUCCUAGAGAGCAAGACCAAUGAAGGAUAAAGGGAUUUUGAAAAUAUUUUGUUGGAAUUUUGUGUGUGUGUGUGUGUGUGUGUGUGUGUGUGUGUGUGUGUGUGUGUGUGUGUGUGUGUGUGUGUGUGUGUGUGUGUGUGUGUGUGUGCACGUGUG